AUGUGCAAGAAGUUUGAUGAGAUUAUGACGAGUAAAUUCCAGAUGUCAAUGAUGGGAGAAAUGAAUUUCUUUCUGGGAUUACAAGUCAAGCAAACCAAGGAAGGCAUACUGAUCAAUCAGUCAAAGUAUGCUAAGGAAUUGAUUAACAAGUUCGGUGUUCAACACAUGAAGACUGUGAAGAUUCCCAUGAUCAUUAACUGGAAAGUUAACCCAGAGAAAGUGAGAAAAUCAGUCUCUUCAACGAAGUACAGAAAAAUCAUAGGAUCUCUGCUAUAUCUAACUGCAAGCAGACCAGACAUAGCUUUUGCAGUCGGAGUAUGUGCUAGAUUUCAGUCAGACCCAAAAGAUGCUCACAUGGACGCGGCGAAGUACAUUUUAAGAUAUAUCAAAGGCACACCCAAUGUAGGCCUUUGGUAUCCAGUCGACGACAACUUCAAGCUACUAGGGUACACUAAUUCAGAUUUUGCUGGAUGUGCCAUUGAUAGGGAAUCGACCUCCGACACUUGUCAAUUCUUAGGCAACAAACUCAUUUCAUGGUUCUCAAAGAAGCAAACUUUUGUUGCCACCUCCACAACUGAAGCUGAAUAUGUUGUUACUGGAAGCUGCUGCUUACAAAUCCUUUGGCUAGUCCAACAAUUGAAGGACUAUGGGAUCAAAGAACGCGAAGUGCCAAUCUACUGUGAUAGCUCCAGUGCUAUUGCAAUCUCGCAGAACCAUGUUCAUCACACCAGAAUCAAGCACGUCGCUAUAUGUCAUCACUUCAUUCGUGAUCAUGUAGAAAAGAAUGACGUUUCAGUUUUGAAGAUCCAUGCAAGCAUUCAACGAGCGGACUUGUUGACAAAGGCACUCCCUGAAGAAUGGUUUAACGACCUCUGUGGCAGAAUUGGAUUGAUUAAUCCAGAAGAAUGA